AUGAAUGGGAAGGCCUCUGUUUCCAAGGAGCUCAACGCCAAACAUUCAAAGAUACUGGAAGCACUUUUAAAGAAACCAGACAAUAGAGAAUGUGCAGAUUGUAGAUCAAAGGCACCAAGAUGGGCAAGUGUGAACCUUGGAAUAUUCAUAUGUAUGCAAUGCUCUGGUAUUCAUCGCAGCCUCGGUGUCCACAUCUCUCAGGUAAGGUCUAUAACUCUGGAUACAUGGCUUCCAGAUCAGGUUUCUUUCAUGCAAUCUACUGGUAAUGCUAAGGCAAAUGAAUACUGGGAAUCAGAGUUGCCUCCUCAUUUUGAGAGGAGUUCAAGUGACGCAUUUAUAAGAGCCAAAUACAAUGAGAGGAAGUGGGUUUCACCGGGAGGGAUACAACCGGUUCCUACAGCUACCAAGCUAAGCUGCAAAGUAAGUCACUUGGUAGAAAGCGGAUAUAAGCCUGAAACUCCAAAGAAAACAAGAACUCUUUCCCUUGAUGAAGAUCUUCUUCUCAAGCAUGCUCUUCAAAUAACACCUCCAGAAACAAGAAUUCGUGCGGGUUCAGUAGAUAUGAAGGAGAAUCUAUAUGCUCUACCUCUACCAUUGGGGAGAGAAGUUAAGAAACCAAAUCAAAAGAAUGAGAUAUUCUCCGGAGAAUUGUAUCAGAAUAGAAGUACCACCAUAGCACCACCAUCAAGCUGGGCUACUUUCGACUGUAAGGCUAUUGACUCACCCUUUCUUCUUCUGUAA